AUGGCGCUGGGGCGGCGGAAGACACCCGCGAUCCUGACGUUCGUCGUACUGUUCUUCGGCGUGAGGCAAGUGCUCCACUUUGAGAAUGGAUCGGUCCUCGUCACCUGGCCCACGGCAGCCACGGCGCCACAGGCCAGCAGUGCGGGUCGCCACCAUCAUCAUCGCCACAAGGAGACUCACGACGAGUCCAUCUUCGAAGAGCUCGUUGAGGAAGUUACCCUGUGCCCCUGGCUUCUUUUUGCAGAAGUUUGCCUCGUCGUUGUGCUGAAUGGCGUCUUCGAGACGGUUCAGCACUGGGUUCGCCACUCGCUUGACCACGCGCAGGACAAGGUCGGUUUGCAAAUCAUGGAUGUCUUGUUCAAGGAGUUCUCUGGCCUGGGAUUUAUUGGCAUGUUCCUUUUUCUGGUGACGCAAAGCCACGUCACCGAGGAUGUCUUGGCGAGGAAGGUGUUCGGCGACAGCUUGAAAGAGUUUGACGCUGAAGAUCCUGUGGCAGAGUCUUUCGAGACGGUCCACAUGAUGAUCUUCCUGCUUAUGGCUGUCCUCAUGUUCCAGGCCAUGGCCCUACUCAGAGUCACCAAAAGCGUCAUCGAGACGCUACUCGGCUGUGCAUGCCAGAGGCAUGAAGUGAAGAUUUAG